AUGACCUCUAGUAAUUUUCCCACUCGGCUGGCCGAAUUGUCAUUAAACGAUGCCAGCAUCCACCCAUCCAUUUACGCCAGCAUUAGAUCUCUUCGCAAAUCCGUCCUUUCCAUACCACAUCGACUGACAUCCAUCCUAGCCGACGCUGCAUUCGCGAAGCAGGUCUCUGAACAUUACAGCCUCCCACUCGUGGCCAACGAGCGAUGUGGAAGCUGGUACAUCGAUCCAGCUGACAAAGUCGGAAGUGCGUAUUUCAAAAGCACAGAUGGUCACCACGGGCAGUGGUCAUUUUCGCUCCGACGACUCAACCUGCAACUAUUGCCGUUGUUGGCAAGAUACGGCGGUGCCGUGGUAGUGGAUUCGACGAGGCGAGGCAAGAAUUUGCCAGACGCAUUCAGCAAGACUGUACCGAUCUGGGUGUCUGUUGUCAAUAGGACACUGUUCCCUGAGCUCACUGUCACCCACAUCCUACAGCUCCCUCCUGCUCCAAAUGACUUGGGACAGUCCGAGGCCUCUCAAAUCGAAUCAAGGCUCGACGCCUUUGCAAAGGCUCUUCAAGAUCUGCAAUUGGAUUUUGUGGGUCUGAGGAACGAGGUGAAGCACCCUAUUCGAUUGCAAUGGGCCAUCAACGGGUCGUUCGAUGUCGAUAGUCCGCACGCAGGAGGUCCGGAUGCCAGGUUUCCCAAGGAAGCCCACCGGCUUGUCCUCUGCAGUGCCUCGCGCCGUGUUCAUGGCGCCGAAAUCUCCGAGGGUGGCUACAUUCAAGGCGCCGGCGACGACAGCGAGGGCUGGAGCCAUGGCCUCACAGCCCAAGUAUUCUGGAGGCACCGACAACGUCUGAUGUCUUCAUCUGAGGAAGAACUCCCCGAUAUUAUUGACGAGUUGAUGAAGGGGGUACAUGAGAGCGACGAGCCAAAGGCUGAAGAAGGCACAUGGAUCCCUCCCACACAGAAUCUUUACGUCUGUGCAGGGACACUUGACAACGCGGACACCUACGAUCUCGUCAUUGAUUGCAACGGCGGUGAAGGUGCCGUCAAUUCCAAGGUCGUUGGUUUGGCAUGUCGUUCUGGGAAGCUUGGAAGCAAAGAUCUUCGAGAAAAACUUCCCUCCGUUGCCGAACUUGUUAGAAGUCGGCUCGUGGAGGAUCCCAAUGCUCGAAUUGUGGUGACCUGCACAACGGGCAAAGACCUGAGUGUGGGCGUUGCGGUUGCUGUCCUCUGUCUCUACUACGAUGAUAGUGGCCAAGUCAGGGACAGCCUGAGCGUUGCGAAUCCUAGAGUUGACAAAUUGCUUGUCAAGCAGCGUCUCGCAUGGAUCAGCGCUGCGAUGUCCUGGGCGAAUCCUUCAAGAUCUACCCUGCAGGCAGUCAAUUCCUUCUUGAUGCAACGGCCUGAAGGGUUCUAG